ACACUGUAAUGUCUUCUGUAAACUAUUGUCAAAAAAAAUAAGAUGGCGGUGCAAUCAUUAAAGCCAUUUCGAGGUGUUUCUUAAGAACCAAAGAGCUUUUUCUUUGUUGAUUUUUAUUUAACGAGUGUUUUUUUAAGUGCCAAAUCUAAUACUUCAUCAACAUGUGGCACGAAGCAAGAAAACAAGAACGUAUGAUACGCGGUAUGAUCGUCGACUAUCGUCGAAGGGCGGAGCGUAGAAAAGAUUUCUAUGAAAAAAUUAAAGCAGAACCGACACAGUUUUUGCAACUGCAUGGGAGACCAUGCAAAAUACAUUUAGAUCCGGCUAUCGCUGCGGCCGGGGAAGGUCCAGCUAUAAUGAUGCCUUGGCAAGGCGAUUCAAGCAACAUGAUAGAUCGUUUUGAUGUACGUGCACAUCUCGACUUCAUACCUGAGGUGAAAAACCCUGACAUACCACCUGAAGAGCUUAGUCCUGAGGAGAGGCAGUGUAACUAUGAGAGAUACAGAAUUCUGGCUCAAAAUGUCUUCCUUGGAAUAAGUGAAGAUAAAUUUCUUCAACAAUUAGCAAUAGAAGAACAGUUUGGUGUGACAAUUGAAGAAAAGGAAUUACAAAAAGAGAAGUUACAUGAAAAGAAAAGUGGUGGUGCAGCUAUAGGAUACAAUUAUAAUGACCCAGGAUCACAACCUUCCUGCUCAACUGGCCCUGAGGUAAAAAAAGCGGAUAAUAAAGACUCUGACGACGAAUCGGAUUUAGAAAUCAUUGAUGUUGACCUGAGCAUUGAUGUGAACAAGAUGGAAGCAUCACAGGCGCACGAGUUGAAUGCAGUGGGACCACAGUUUGGAAUGGCCGGUUGCGAUCUAUUUUCAUUUUUGACUGGUGACGCCGAUGAUGCCGAACAUCAAAAACAACUGUUACGGGAAGAAAAGGAAAAGGCGAUGUUUUCUGGCAGAAAAAGUCGAAGAGAACGCCGCGCUCAUAGGGACAAGAAGCUGGCGUCGCGCGUGAUGAGCCCGCCGCACUACGCCGCGCCGCGCUCGCCGCGCGCGCGCCCCGCCCGCGCCGCCAGCGCCGCGCGCAGCCGCAGCGCCUCGCCCGACGCGCCCGACGCGCCCGACCCCGCGCCGCGCAUACAGUUCAUCACCUCCUUCGGCGGCGACGACGAUGAGGUCAAACCACCACCGCAACCGAAACAGCUAUAUUCUGAUAAAUUAAAACACAAUCUGAAAAAAGUGGACCUGUAUUCGGAAAUAGCUCGAAAGCAGCUUGUCAGGUCACCAAAAGUAACAACGAAAUUGACGCGUCCCAUGGGGCCACACAGACCGGGUUCUCGACCCAAAUCGUAUUCUAAAUCAAGAUCAAGGUCACUUUCUCGGUCGCGGUCAAGGUCAAAAUCGCGUUCAAAGUGUAAAUUGAGGUCACGUUCACCAUCGCGGAGGAAAUCAGUUUCCAAAUCCCGCUCCUAUUCGAAAUCACGGUCGUCUUCGAGGUCCCGAUCAAGGUCGUACAGCCCUUAUAGAAGGUCACGGUCAAGGUCGCGAUCACGACACCGCCCGUAUAGAAGACGAUCAAGGAGUCCCGUAAAUCACGGCAGCAGUUAUGGGAAACGUAACAAAUCGAGGUCGAUAUCUUAUGAUAGUAAUGAUAGAGGCGUGUCCAGCAAACCGGCCCCGCGGUACUACGGACGGCGCAAGGAAGACAAGUCCUCUAGCGAGCUGUCGCUAGAUUCGGAUUCCAGUGACUCGCCUGACGAAGGAAAAAACAAAUCGGCGGUUGGCAAUAAACUCAAUUCAAACCAGAGUCAGUUACGAUCUGGAACCGGCUCCAAAGGUGCUUCGCGUGAAACACUGUCGCUGAAGGAAAAAUUGAGACGGAAAAUGCAGGCACAGUUAUCAAGGCAACUGCGCGCCGACAAGCGCGCCGAGGCGGAGCGGCUCGAGCGCGAGAGCCGGCGCCAGGCGCGCCGCGACGAGGAGAUGCGCGAGCUCGCCAUCAAGCUGCGCCGCAAGCAGCGUGAAAUGCGACAUCAGCAAAACAGAAGAUCCAGUGAAGACGAUUCUGACGGUAGUCAUAGUAGAUCUUCGUCGAAGGAGUCAGAUCCACAAGAGAAAAAAGAAAAGAGUCGAUCAAAAAGCCGCACGCCUCCGGAAAAGAAACCACCGGUUUGGGCGAAUAACAGAGAGAUUGUACCCCACAGGCCAAAACCGGAGACAAGCGAUGCUUACCAAAAACGACCACGGAACUCUGACAACUCAGAAUAUUACGACAGAGAAGAACGGCCGCAGGGUUACGGCAGGUAUGAUAAAUACCAGAAUAGGGAUUACGGUCAGCGAUAUUACGAUCAUAAUAGAUAUGAAAAUUAUCAUUAUGAUGAUAGAUGGGAGCAGGACGGUUAUAACCGCAGGCCUUACGAGCGAGGUUACAGACCCGGCCCUAGGCAGGGCAUGGAAUACGGUGACGGACAUUCCAGAUGGCCAAACCUUACUGUAGACAACCGCGAGACCAACCCGCGGUCUAAAAACAAAGUGAAGCUUGUGGAUUACUAGCAUACAUAUUAGUUAUCAUAAUAGGGCAAGCUAUUGUGAAGAGACCUGUUACACAUAUCUGCCAUUUGCGGGGUGUCCAUUGGAGUGUUCGUUUUAUUUUUUUAUUUUUAUUAAUUUUAUGGAGUAGGCAGUUGCAACACAGAUAUUAGUAUGUGUAUAGUAUUAAACUAUAAAUGAAAUGUAUGCGGCAACUAUAUAAUUAGAGCUAUUUAUUCCUAUUUAUAUCCAAUUUAGAGGUUUUGUAAGAUCAAGGCCUUUUAUUUGUAUAUUGUAGAGUCUAUGUGUAGCAUUGUAAUGUACAGAAAGAUAUAGGAAACCCACAGAUUUGAAAUUAAUUGAAUUUAUAUAUUAUAAUAUUAUUAUUGAAUUGCCUACUCUGUACUAUAUAAGUUAUUGAAAAUAAAUCCACAUGAAAUAGUCGAUAUCGACAGAAAUACCGGACUAUUUUCGGUUUGUAUAUGAUGAUCCUUCCCAUAAUCAAAGUUCUAAUAAAAGUACAAAAUUGCGUUGGUUUAAUAAAAUCCUUUAGUAGGUAAGAGUAAUCCCUUACCUACUAAAGGAUUUUAUCAUAACUCGAUCCUAAUCGCUGACUGCGGGUUGAUGGUAAUAAUUAACCAAUCAUAAAAGUCGAAAAUAACUUGCUUGUGAGCAUUUCAUAAAAACUUUGUUCUGAUUGGUUCAUUAUCUGAAAUUAGAAGUUAUGAUCCUUUUUUGAAAUUUACCGUUAGAUAAUCCAGAUAGCUUCUAGAAGAAAAAUCUAUUGUGUCAAACUGGAACAAAUUUGUAAUUAUUUACACAAUAUUUUGUUUUCCAUGUCGUGUAAGUGUUUAAGGAAUGUAAUAAAUGGUUUUUAUCAUUA